GGCCUGUGCUGGGCUUCCUGAUUGACUUCGUUGUGCAGAGACCAGAUCAUAUCCUUCAAGUGGCAGAGGUGAUCAACAUUUUGCUCACCUCCGACGACUGGGUUGCUGCCCUGCAGGAAGUGAUGCAGGAUCUUGUCCUUCAGCUCACAAGCGAGCAGCAGGCCGUCCUCGGAGUUCAGAAUGAUGUGCUCCUGGCGCAGCUUCCACAAACAGCAGUGGACUUGGCCCACGAGCAAGCGUCAAAGCUGUUGCAGGAUGCUGGCCAAGUUCGGAAAGAGCUCGAUCGUGUUCGUGCUGGUUUGGGCGAGGGUGGCCUGAGAUUCAAGAGCUCCGUGCAGGAGCUGCGCUUCGAGCCAAGCUACAGAUCUGGCGGUCACGUAUCGGCGGAGACUGGUGAAGAAGGGGGCGAGGAUGCAAGUCCAUCUGGCUGGCGAUCCACCACCACACCAGAUGGCAACCGUUACUACUACCACCAGCGCACGAAAGAGAUUCGUCGCAUGCCUCCGGGUGUUGCGACUGCCUCUGCUUCUGAAGCAAGCGGUAGACCCAAACCCUGGGUCGGUGAAAGGGUCGAGGUGUUUAGCAACUCUGUCCGCAGUUGGUGCCCUGGCUUCGUGGAGCGAGUGGGGAGGGCGGAAGUCAUGAUUGCGUUUCAGCUUCCACACGCUCGUGCAAACGACUGGUGCAAGAAGACGCUGCCACUUGGGCAUCCGGAGCUGAGAUGGGUGUCAAGACCACCCGAAGCACCCUUGCCAGCUGGUUCAAGUGUAACUGUUUCCAGAGACAUGUCUACACCUAUGGAGGAAAAAAGAAUGAUGUGUAAAACCUCCUCUGGUUUUUUCGGAACCAACCUACCGACCAAUUGGACCGAAGAUGAGCAGCAGCUGUACGAUGCUCUCUAUGCAGAGCUGGAGACGAAGACGAAACGUCAUCCUCCAGACACUACAGAUGACAUGGAUCCAGUCGCGGCGCAGCAGUCCGACUUCAUAGCACAGUCUGGGCUGCCGCGGCGCGCCUUGCGAGAGAUCUGGCAGGUGGCCAACCCACACCUCAGGGCAAACCUUGGCCUCGAGGAGUUCCGGGCGUGCUGCCGACUGGUUGGCCAUUGCCAGGCGAUUACUGCGGACUCGGACGACAAGGCGCUAAAGCGCCUGCGUGCGGGCGGCGGCGGCUUGCGUGCAGACCUUCGCAGCGCCUGCCUGGGCGAGCCGCCCAAG